CUCAAAGACUAUUCAUUUAUCUGUAUCAGACGUGAAUGACAACCCACCAGUGUUUGAAGAACAAUCCUACAUUUCCUAUGUGACUGAAAACAACAAGCCUGGCUCCUCUAUGUGUUCUGUUACUGCCAGAGACCCAGACUGGAGACAGAACGGUACGGUGGUCUAUUCUCUAUUGCCCAGUGAUGUCAACGGUGUUCCGGUGUCCUCAUUUCUAUCCAUUAACGGAGACACGGGGGUGAUCCAUGCUGUGAGAACAUUUGAUUAUGAGCAGUUUAGGAGCUUCAAAGUCCACGUUGUAGCCAGAGACAAUGGUUCUCCUCCACUCAGCAGUAACGUGACAGUGAGAGUCUUCAUAACAGAUGAGAAUGAUAACUCUCCCCAGAUAUUAUACCCUGCGCCAGCAGGGAACUCCUUGAUGACUGAGAUGGUCCCCAAAGCUGCUCUGGCGGGGUCCCUGGUUUCCAAGGUGAUAGCUGUGGAUGCUGACUCUGGACAGAACGCGUGGCUUUCCUAUCAGAUCGUGAAAUCGACUGAUCCGGGACUUUUCACUAUUGGUCUCCAAGGUGGAGAGAUCAGGGCACAGCGGGACAUUUCUGAAUCUGACAGUAUGAAGCAGAACCUUGUUAUAUCAGUGAAAGAUAACGGACAGCCCUCUCUCUCUGCAACCUGUGAUGUAUAUUUACUCAUAUCAGACAACUUGGCUGAAGUUCCAGAACUGAAAGACAUGGCUUAUGAGGAUAGUUCCAAACUUACUUCCUAUUUGAUCAUCGCACUGGUCUCUGUCUCCACCUUUUUCCUGACUUUCAUUAUUCUCAUCCUGGCCGUGAGGUUCUGCCGCAGUAGAAAGCCUAGAAUGUUGUUUGAUGGAGCAGUCGCCAUUCCCAGCGCGUAUUUCCCUCCCAACUAUGCAGAGGUGGAUGGAGCUGGAACUCUGCGCAGUUCUUACAAUUAUGACGCAUACCUGACAACGGGCUCACGCACCAGUGACUUCAAGUUUGCCAGAUCUUACAAUGACAGCACGCUGCCUGCUGAUCAGACACUAACAAGAUGUCCAGAUACAUUACUAGAAGGAAGUUCCAUCACCCUCAACACUGCAGGGGAGUCUAUUGAGGUAAGACAGAACUAAGA